CCACCGCCAACCGUGGCACCCAAACGCAUUAUAAGCGUUUUUUUUUUCUGGUUGGGGACCGCUCAAAGAGGGGCGAUAACAGCGCAAAAAUGAAAAGAUGUACGGUGUUUUAUCUGGGUGAAUGCUAUGAGAUUGAUGAUAUGCUUCGUUAAAAGGAAAAAUCUUAUGUGCGGUGGACCUCCGGCCACGACUGGCUCCGCUCGGACUCAACGAGUCCGUAAGUAAUCGACCAGAACGCCCUUGUGCUUCCGGAUAUGGUGCACGAAUAGAAUAGGCUGCGGAUGGCCGUCCUCCCUCUCCCGGCCCGAUCACCACCGGUGGUAGCAGCGGGGAUGGGGCCGAAGCGCCUCGCCCUCCCCACAACCACCACCAGCCUGGCGGCCAAGGCCGUCGUCGACUGGGUGAAGGUCACCGACGCCGAGUACUUCAACAACGGCGACAGCAGGCCCAUCAUGCUCUUCGAUGGUGUUUGCAAUUUGUGUAAUGGAGGUGUCCGGUUCGUAAGGGAGAAUGACCGCCACAGGAGAAUAAGGUUUGAAGCACUGCAGAGCGAGCCUGGCAGGAAGCUUCUGCGGAGAUCAGGGAGAUCACCUGACGACAUCUCUAGUGUCGUGCUUGUUGAACAGGAUAGAUCAUAUAUAAAGUCUGAAGCAGUGUUGAAGAUAAUGGAGUACCUUGACCUGCCUUUCCCUCAACUAGCACUCUUGUUAAAGAUGGUGCCUCUGUUAAUGAGGGAUUUUGCAUAUGACAAUGUUGCCAACAAUCGCUAUAUGAUAUUUGGCCGGUCAGAGUCAGAAUCAUGCGAGAUAUAAGGAGCUGAUAGUCCUAGUUUCAGGUUCUUCUCUACAUACUGGAUAGUCUGUAUUAAAUAACCAGGCACCUAGACCAAUUGCGCAGAUAUAUCAUGUAUACUCUCUAGUCAAUUUGUACACAUGCAUCUUUAUAUCCAUAAUGGAUGAGACAUCUUACUGACAUUACCAAGAUUUCUGUGCCUUCUUAUAGUGAGUUUAAA